AUGACUAAGAUAGCUACAUUAAACGUUGAAGAGUUAAUUGAUGAAUUAACAUUGGAAGAGAAGAUUUCCUUGUUGGCUGGUUCCGACUUUUGGCAUACUUCUGCUGUUCCCAGAUUGAACAUUCCAAAGAUUAGAGUUAGUGAUGGUCCAAAUGGGGUUAGAGGUACCAAGUUCUUCGAUGCUGUUCCCUCCAACUGUUUCCCUUGUGGAACCGGUAUGGCAUCAUCUUUCAAUAAGGAUUUGCUUUAUAAAGCUGGUCAAUUGAUGGGUAAAGAAGCAAGAAUGAAAGGUGCUCAUGCGAUCUUGGGUCCUACGUGUAACAUUGUUAGAAACCCAUUGGGUGGUAGAGCUUUUGAGUCAUAUUCAGAAGAUCCAUCUCUUUCAGGUUAUGCUGCUUCUGCCAUUAUCAAUGGUAUUCAAAGUGAAAACAUCUUGGCAUGUUUGAAACACUUUGUCUGCAACGAUCAAGAGGAUGAUAGAAAUGCUGUUAACACGGUUAUAACCGAAAGGGCCUUGAGAGAAAUCUAUUUGAAGCCUUUCCAAUUGGCUGUUAGAGAUUCUAACCCUCGUUCCAUCAUGACUGCCUACAACAAGGUCAAUGGUGAACACUGUUCUCAAAGCAAGAAAUUAUUGGACGAGGUAUUGAGAAAGGAAUGGGGUUGGGACGGUUUGUUGAUGUCAGAUUGGUUUGGUGUUUUCUCCACAGAACCUUCAUUGGAUGCAACUUUGAAUUUGGAAAUGCCUGGUCCAACCAGAUUCCGUGGUCAAGACCUUCUUAGUCACAUGGUUAACUCCAAGGAAAUCAACAUUGAAGUCAUCGACAAAAAUGUCAGACAAGUGUUGAAGUUUGUUAACGAAGCUAUAGCAACAGGUAUCCCAGAAGAUGCCGAUGAAGAAGCCAAUGCGAAUGCCGAAGCCUCUAGAGUCUUACGUGAAGUUGGAGACGAAUCUAUUGUGUUGUUGAAAAACGAAAAUAACGUCUUGCCUCUUUCCAAGUCCAAGGCUCAAAAGAUUGCUGUUAUCGGACCCAAUGUCAAGGUUGCCAGAUACUCUGGCGGUGGGUCAGCCUCUUUGACUGCCAAUUACGCCGUAACUCCAUGGGACGGUAUCAAGCUGAAGGUGGAAGAAGGUGGUAACAAGAUCGAGUUGUCUUACACUGUUGGUGCUCAAUUGGACAAGAAUUUGAGAGACAUUGGUACCAUUUUGACCACUGAUGAUGGAUCUGAAGGGUUUAAGGCCACUUAUUACUUUGAUUCUCCAGAAACCAAAGAUCGUAAGCCAUUCUACGAAAACAGGUUGAACAGUUCCAAGAUCUUGCUUGCUGAUUUCAAGCAUGAGAAAUUGCCAGUGGAUCAAGAUGUGUUUUAUGCUGAUUUUGAAGGUUACUAUACCCCAGAUUUAACUGCCACCUACGAAAUUGCUUGUUCUGCUUGUGGUACUGCUCAAAUCUUUGUUGAUGACAGAUUGGUUGUUGACAACAAAACCAACCAAGAGGCCGGUGACGCUUUCUUCUUGGGUUACGGUACCAGAGAAGAAAAGUCUGAAUUACAAUUAGUAGCUGGUCAAAAGUAUAAGAUCAAGGUUGAGUUUGGUACUUCCAACACUUCUGCUCUUAACGUUAACAUGCUUGGAGCUGGAGGUGUUAACUUUGGUAUUGACGUCAAGAUCGAGCCUGAAGCGGAACUUGUUAAAGCCGUCGGAUUGGCUAAGGAUGCUGAUGCGGUUAUCGUUGUUUGCGGUCUUACCAAGGAAUGGGAAAGUGAAGGGUUGGACAGACCAGUGAUGGAGAUCCCUGGUUACACCAACAAGUUGAUCGAAGAAAUCUCUAAAGUCAAUUCCAAGGUCAUUGUUGUCAACCAAUCAGGAUCGGCCGUCAGCAUGCCCUGGGUUAAUGAAGUUGAAGGUUUAGUGCAAGCUUGGUACGGUGGUUCCGAAUUGGGUAACACAAUUGCAGAUGUGAUUUUCGGUGAUGUCAACCCCAGUGGUAAGAUGUCCGCUACAUUUCCAACUAAGAUCCAAGAUAUACCAUCCUACUUAAACUACGCUUCCACUAAUGGUGAAGUUAUCUAUGGUGAAGACAUUUUUGUAGGUUACAGAUUCUUUGAAAAAAUGGGCAUGAAGGCCUUGUUCCCCUUUGGAUUUGGAUUAUCAUAUUCAACAUUUGAAUUCAGUAAACUCGCCGUCUCAACAGAUGAAACAAAUGUGAAUGUGAAAGUUGACGUUGCCAACACAGGGUCUACGGCUGGUAGUGAGGUUGUUCAAGUUUAUGUUGGACAUGAAGAUAGUGCGAUUCAAAAGCCUGUGAAAGAAUUGAGAGACUUUGCCAAAGUUCAUUUGAAUGCAGGUGAAAGCAAGACUGUCACAGUUUCCUUCCCCAUCAAAGAAGCCACCUCGUACUGGAAUGUAUACAAGGACAAAUGGGAAUGUUCAAAGGGCACCUACAUCGUUUACGUGGGUAAUUCUUCAGACAAUGCUAAUUUGACCGGAUCAUUUGAUGUUACAAAGACAACCUUCUUCACUGGUGUUUAG